AUGGCCCAGUCCCCGGCGACGCAGUGCGACGGCGUCGACGACUCGUUCGGCCCAUACGCAGGCAGCGCUUGUCGCGGCGGCUUCGACUUCACGCUGCUCUUCGAAGAGUCCGUCCUGACACUGCUGCCGCUCGGGCUGCUGCUGGCCGUGCUGCCGCUGCGCGUGUGGUUCCUCCUGAAGCGCGAACGCAAGCUCACGGCGGCCGGAAACCCCCUGGCUGCCGUCAAGAUUUCCUCCUGGCUCGCCCUCGCCGGUCUCCAGCUCGCAACACUCGUCCUCUGGACAUAUCCACCAGCAGCGCGGACACGAACCACGCUCGCCACGGCCGCGCUGGCACCGCUCGCCACGCUCAGCUCAUGUCUCCUGUCGCAUCUCGAACACACGCGCGCCGUGCGGCCGUCCUCACUGCUCGGCAUCUUCCUCCUCUCCACACUGCUGUUCGACGCAGCGCACACGCGCACGCUCUGGCUCCGCGCCGGCUCCCAGAGUAACGGCCACGACCACAAUGGCAACAAAUCCCUGGCACACCUGUCCGUGGCCGCCGCAGCAGCGAAAGCGGCCGUGCUCGUCGCCGAAGCCGUCGAGAAACGCCGCCUGCUGCGACCCGCCGUGCGCGCCCUGCACCCGCCCGAGGCGACGAGCGGCGUGUUUAGUCGCGUGUUCUUCGCCUGGCUUAAUGCCCUGUUCCGUGCCGGCUUCGGUCGUGUGCUGGUUGUGGAUGAUCUGUUUGCGCUGGACAAACACCUCCAGGCUGCGUUCUGCCACGCGCGGCUAAGAGCGGCGUGGGCUUUGGUAACCCAGAAAUCACCACACGCGCUCCUCCGCGCCUCGUUCGGCGUGCUCAAGUGGCCGAUCGCACACUCGCUUUUCCCGCGGGCCUGCCUGACCGCGCUCACAUUCAGCCAGCCGUUCCUGAUCAACCGCGCAAUCAAGCUCUCGCAGGAACCCAUCACGCCGGCAACAACACAGGCGGGCUACGGGCUGAUCGGCGCGUAUUUCCUCGUGUACGUCGGCAUCGCCGCCAGCAUGGGCCAGUACCAGCACCGCACGUUCCGCACCGUCAUCAUGCUGCGCGGCGCGCUCGUGGCCGCCGUCUACGCCAAGACGGCCACGCUCGGGCUCGGCGUCGACCCGGCGGCCGCCAUGACGCUCAUGAGCGCCGACAUGGAGCGCAUCGUCCAGGGCUGCCAGACCAUGCACGAAGUCUGGGCGAAUGCAGCCGAGGUGGGUGUCGCCAUCUUCCUCCUGCAGCAGCAGCUCGGUGUUGCGUGCGUCGUUCCUGUUGUGGUUUCUGUUGUGGCGCUGCUCGGCUCGCUCGUGGCCAUGAACUUCAUCGUGUCGCGCCAGGCCAUGUGGCUCGAGGCCAUUGAGCGGCGCAUCUCGGCCACGGCGGCCAUGCUGGCGGCCAUGAAGGGCGUCAAGAUGUGCGGGCUGAGAGACACGCUGCUGGCCAGCCUGCAGCAGCUGCGCGUCGACGAGCUGCGCAUCUCGAAGCGCUUCCGCAAGCUGAUCAUCUGGAACAUGGUGUUUGCAUACGUGACGCAGGUGUUCGCGCCGGUCCUGACGUUUGCCGUCUUCUCGGCGCGCGCCCGCGACGCCGACGCCAACACCGAGACGCUCGACACGGCGCGCGUGUUCACGGCGCUGUCGCUGUUUGCGCUGCUCUCGGAGCCGCUGGCGUCGCUGAUCAUGUCGCUGGCGGCGUUUCUAGGCGGCGUCGGCAGCUUCGCGCGCAUCCAGGCCUUUCUCGAGUCGGCCGAGCGUGCCGACACGCGCGUGCGCGCCCCUGACCAUGUCUCCGACACCGGCACCGACACGGAAAAACCCACACCACCUGAUGCCGUCACCGUCCACGCCGGCGCCUUCGGCUGGGACGCCGCCGAGGCGCCGCUGCUGGCCGACAUCUCGCUCGCCAUCCCGCGGAACAAACUCACCAUGGUCGUCGGGCCCGUCGGCUGCGGCAAGUCGACGCUGCUGCACGCGCUGCUGGGCGAGGUGCCGGCGCGCGGGGGCUCCGUGGCCCUGUCUGCGGCCGGCGUCGCCUACUGCGCCCAGACGCCGUGGCACACGAACGGCUCCGUGCGCGACGCCAUCGUCGGAGCUGCUGCUGAUUACGACGAGAAGUGGUACGCCCGCGUCGUGCGCGCCUGCGCCCUGCUGCGCGACUUCCGCCAGCUGCCCAGGGGCGAUGCGUCGCGCAUUGGCAGUGGCGGUGUUGCGCUGAGUGGUGGGCAGGGACAGCGCAUCGCCCUUGCCCGCGCCGUGUACGCGCGCCGCGAGCUGGUGCUGCUGGACGACGCGCUCAGCGGGCUCGACGUGGCGACCGAGAACCACGUGUUCCACAGCCUGCUGGGCGGCAACGGGCUGCUGCGCGAGCUGGGCGCGACCGUGGUGCUGGCGUCGUCGUCGGCCGCGCGCCUGCCCUACGCCGACCACGUCGUGGUCCUGAGUCCCAGCGGCACCAUCGCCGCCCAGGGAUCGUAUGCCGCGCUCAACGACGCCGGCGGCUACGUGUCGUCGUUCGCGCUGCCCCGCGCCGACUGGGCGGGUGUGGCUGCGGAUACGGUUGACGACGGGAGUAGUAGUAGCUGUACUGACUUUGAUGAAGAGCGCGAUGGUACGAGUCUCGGCGAGUCGGCUCCGCCCCGCGACGACGAGCCCGAGCCCGACACCAGCCGGCAGAUGGGCGACGUGCAGAUUUACGUGUACUACGUGCGUUCAGUGGGCUGGUGGGCCAGCCUUGUGUUUGUCGUCGCCAUUGUCGGCUUUGUGUUUUGCCAGUCGUUCCCGAACGUGUGGGUGCAAUGGUGGGCGGCCGACAAUGAGGCCCAUCCCAACAGCCGGCUGGGCUACUGGCUCGGCAUCUACGCCAUGCUCGGGGGUGCCGCUAUUGUGUGCCUGGGCGUGAGCUGCUGGCAAAUGAUCAUCACCAUGGUCCCGCGUUCCGGCGAGCGGUUCCACCUGGCCCUGCUCGACACGGUCUUGAGUGCGCCCAUGUCCUUCUUCGCCACGACCGACUCGGGCAUUACCAUGAACCGCUUCAGCCAGGACCUGCAGCUGAUCGACAUGGAGCUGCCCAUCGCCGCGCUCAACACGUUUGCUACGUUCGUGCUCUGCCUCGCGCAGAUGGCGCUGAUUGGCGUGGGGUCCGUGUACGCGGCCGUGUCGUUCCCCGUGGUGCUGGGCGCCCUGUACGGGAUCCAGAAGGUGUACCUGCGCACGUCGCGGCAGCUGCGGCUGAUGGACCUCGAGACCAAGGCGCCGCUGUACACGCUGUUCGAGGAGACGCUGGGCGGCCUGGCGACGGUGCGCGCGUUUGGGUGGCAGGGCGCGCUGGCCACCAAGAACGACGCGCUGCUGGACCGCUCGCAGCGACCCUUCUACCUGCUGUUCGCCGUGCAGCGCUGGCUGACGCUCGUGCUGGAUUUGCUCGUUGCGGCUGUCGCCGUGCUGCUGGUUGUGCUUGUUGUCGAGCUGCGCGGGACCGUGGCCGCUGGCGGCGUCGGCCUCGCCCUGCUGAACGUUGUCCAGUUCAGCCAGAACAUCAAGCUGCUCGUCACCUUCUGGACCAUGCUCGAGACGCACAUCGGCUCUGUCGCCCGCGUCAAGACCUUUACCGAGACGGCCGUGGCUGAGGAUCUGCCUAGCGAGGCCGAUGUGCCGCCGCCCGACUGGCCUGCCGCCGGCGCCAUCGAGCUGGAGGAUCUGUCUGCGGCUUACAACGGCGACGACUUGGUCCUCAAGCACGUGUCUCUCUCCGUCAGGGCAGGUGAGAAGAUCGGCGUGUGCGGGCGCACGGGCAGCGGCAAGACUUCAUUGGUGGCGAGCCUGUUCCGGCUGCUGGAGCUGCGGGGCGGGCGCAUCCGCGUCGACGGCGUCGACCUGGCCACGCUGCCGCGCCAGGAGGUGCGCCGCCGCAUCGUCGCCGUGCCCCAGCACCCGUUCCUUCUCAAGGGCUCCGUGCGCCUCAACGCCGACCCCGCCGGCGCCGCCGCCGACGAUGCUAUCGUGGCUGCCCUGCGCAGCGUGCAGCUGCUGGACACCGUCGAACGCGCUGGUGGCCUGGGUGUCGAUAUCGAGGGUGUGAAUCUGUCCAGUGGCCAGCGCCAGCUGUUUUGUCUCGCCCGCGCCAUGCUGCGCUCCAGCACCAUCCUCGUCCUCGACGAAGCCACGAGCAGCAUCGACGCCAAGACGGAGGAGACGAUGCAGCGGCUGAUCCGCAAGCGCUUCGCCAGCCACACCGUCAUCGCCGUAGCCCACAGGCUGGACACCAUCAUGGACUUUGACAAGGUGGCCGUGCUCGACGGCGGCCGGCUGGUCGAAUUCGACAGCCCGUACGCCCUGCUGGACCAGCCCGGGUCCGCCUUUGCGCGGCUGUACAGCGCGACGGUUGCUGACGAGGACGACGUGCAAGGUAUGGUGAGCUGAGCGUGUUGUCAGGGGGUCGGCAAUGACAGUAUAAAUAAACCCCCUGCCAAAACUGGUUAAGCGCUUCUGUUUUAUUCAUUGAUACCUAUUUACUGUGCUGUGCCGGCCCCAGACUCUGUGCGAACCGUGCAUGUAGUUGUUUAUCUGCCUGCCUU